GCCCAGCCCUCUCUUGCGUGCCUUAUGUGACGAAAGCUGCGCGUGAAAACCCCAGACAGUACUGCUGUCAGCAUCAACAGCUUCUUCCACCGGAGCAACUAGGUCGACGAAGAUGGACUAAAAACCACAGGGCGAGGCAACGACUGGAAAUGUUCAGAUUGGGAUGACCAUGGAUACAGAUAUGAUACCAAAAUUCUCCUCCAAAGAUGAGGAGAUCGACUUUUGGAAGUCACACUCCCUCAAGUACAAGAAGAGCUACCAGGAGUCCCAGGAGGAGCUGCUGGAGUUCCAGGAGGGCAGCAGGGAGCUGGAGGCCGAGCUGGAGGCCCAGCUGGGCCAGGCGGAGCAUCGCAUGAGAGACCUGCACUCUGACAACCAGAGGCUCAAGGCUGAUGUGGACUCACUCAAGGAGAAGCUGGAGCAGCAGUAUUCCCAGAGCUAUAAGCAGAUCUCGGUGCUGGAGGACGACCUGGGCCAGACACGCAGCAUCAAGGAGCAGCUCCACAAAUACGUCAGAGAACUGGAGCAGUCCAACGAUGACCUGGAGAGGGCCAAGAGGGCUACCAUUGUGUCUCUGGAGGACUUUGAGCAGCGUUUGAACCAAGCCAUCGAGCGGAACGCCUUCCUGGAGAGUGAGCUGGACGAGAAGGAAUCCCUCCUGGUCUCGGUGCAGAGAUUAAAGGAUGAGGCCAGAGAUUUACGGCAGGAGCUCGCCGUCCGAGAGCGUCAGACAGACAGGAUGUCUGCUCCCAGCUCCCCCACCCAGGACGACAUCAAGAUGGACACUGCUGUGCAGGCUCCUUUGUCUCUGCCGGCCACUCCUCUGGGCCAGAGCCUCGACAACGCCUUCGCCAACCCGACAGCGUUGUCCAAUGGCUAUGGCACCAACUCCCCUCUGACUCCCUCGGCUAGGAUAUCUGCCCUCAACAUUGUUAGCGACUUGCUACGGAAAGUAGGGGCCUUGGAGUCUAAGCUGGCAGCUUGCAGGAACUUUGCCAAGGACCAGAAAGCCAGGAAGUCGUACGUUACCGAGAAUGGGAACGUGAUCAACGGGAACACGGCCAAGUUCUCUCACUCGCUCCACACGUCGUACUUCGACAAAGCGAGAGAGAGGGUCAUAUUCCCUGCGUUAAUUCUGGCAGGGCUUUCUCUAGUCGCUGCCUUCUAUGUGAUCUGUUGAUGUCAUCUAGUUCCAUAAGUGGCUGCACGUGCAUGGUAGGUGGCUACCCAGUGUGUUGGAAGAAUCGUGCGUGUGCGUGUGCGUGUGUGCGUGUGCGUGUGCGUGUGUGUGCGUGCGUGCGUGUGUGUGUGAGAGACAGUGUCAGUUGUCAGGAGCAUAAUGAGGAGAGAGUGAGAAGUGACUUGCUGUGUGACCCGGGUCACUGGUUUGCCCUGUGUUGGCAUCGUCUGUCCACCACAUUGACUGUGGCUUCAAAUACGGCCUUUGUUUGGUUAACAGCUGAGAGAAGCAAGUCAUGGUGGCUAAAAGUGAUAUCCGGUCCAUCAGAUAGGCAUGUAGAUCAUUUCAUACUAUUCAAAUGUCACGUAAUAACAACAUAAUUGUAGCGUUUACCUUAGGCUCUGUCGUAUAGGUUAAUGCACAGCUGACAUAACUUAGCUCUCCAUCAAUGAUAAUGUUUAAAGAAACAACUGUAACCCUAACCCUGAGAUGAUUUGACCCAUGUUGUUUGUUUCUGCAGCAGGCCGGUGAAUGGACUGGACCCUGGCACCCUGACGGCCAUCACAGCUCCCCCUUCUGCCUCUCCCCCUGGCCUUCUGCCUCUAACCGUGUGACGGUGUUGUACCCCAGCAAGCCCCUAAGCCCCUACAACCCCACUCUCUCUCCACUGCCUGUGGACAAAGGAUUGUGUGGACAUCUACAGACUCCGGAGAGCACAGAGAAUGGCUAGCACUAUAAAACACUUUUCACACUGUAAUUCUGGCCCUUUUUGCAGUCACUGCACUGUGUGUUAUGACGAGUCAGUACUUGGUGGGUAUGUCCUGUAUAUGUUUAUCUGAUAUAUAUAUAUAUAUAUAUAUAUAUAUUUUUUUUUUUUUUUUUUUGUCUGUCUCGGGGGGGCUAAAUGCAAACAUCUGAAUUACUGUAAUAUCUUCAUCUAGCAGCUGUGACCCAGACUGUGGUUUGCAGGAAUGGGAUUGCCAGCAUUAAUGGGAUGGCACACACGUGCCCGAUGGGUUAAAUAGCCUGGAAUGAUGUUUUGCCAUGUGGACUGGCUCCUCACAUGUUUGCCAUAAAUAAUUGAGGGGAGUUUAAACCUUCAAUGUCAACCUUUUAAACCAUUUGUCUUUACUCUUACAGCCAUGAGGGUUACAGUGUGUUCUAUUAUUUCUGCAUAAAAUAGUUGUGUCUAUAACUAGUUGUUACAAAGUAUCAGUUGGUGGUGUUAAAAAGGGAAGAGAUGUUACUUAUGUUAUUGAACCAUAUGACAGUGUGCACAAUAUUGGUCAUAUUGAUCGUUAUUUACAGAUGUCCACUGAAGUAGUGCCGACCAUUCAGCCAGUGUUUUACUUUGGAGUUUAAACAGAAACUACCACCAUUUUGAAUCUCUGCUGGCAUUUAAAUGUUUGUAUUUUAUGAUGUUUCUUGAAAAUGUCACAACACCAUUAUAAGCAAGUGUAGCACUUGACCUUGUGCGGAUAUUUACGUUUCAUUCAAGUGCAAUAUUGCCUGUUUGUCCUCUUCAUGUAAAAUGUUUUAAUUUAUUUCAGAUUUCUUUAAUGGCAUGUGUUUAAAUAAAAAGAAUGUAAUCAUACAUUUGUUAAUGUAUUAUAUGAUGAUUUAAAACCUGUUGUCUGUCUUAAAGUGAUAAUAAAAAGACUA